UACCAAGGGCUAGAGUGUGUGUUGGACUAUGUGUGCGUGUGUGUGUGUUUGUAAGUUCUGUAUAUGUAUUUCCAAGCUUUUAUAGAGUGUAAUGUUUAAUUAUUGGUGUUUAGUGUGUUUGCAGAGUAGGUCUACAGUGUCAGAUUAUGAGAGGCAAUUGAUGAGAGUGACUGUAAAUGUGUAAGUGUUAGAUCCACAGGUGUGUGUGUGUGUGUGUGUGAAUACAAAAAGUGUGUUUGCUGUUGUGUGCAUUGCUGUGAACAUUGAGGAUGUCCAACUCCACCACCAACUUCUACGCCCUGUCCCAGUCCUUCAGCUUCUCUGACGUUUUUGUCAUAGUCACAUACUUUCUCCUCAACCUCGCUGUCGGCAUCUGGUCAUCAUGCAGGGUGAGCAGGAAUACUCUGAGCGGAUACUUCUUGGCUGGACGAGACAUGGCCUGGUGGCCGAUUGGAGCGUCUCUCUUUGCCAGUUCAGAGGGCUCAGGUCUGUUUAUCGGCCUCGCCGGCACCGGAGCUGCUGGAGGGAUCGCUGUCGCUGGUUUUGAAUGGAAUGCCACCUAUGUGCUGCUGGCUCUGGCCUGGGUGUUUGUGCCUGUCUACAUCUCCUCAGGGGUUAGUUUGCAUACACACCACAGUCUAUGAUACACACACACAUACACUCAAACGGGUCCAUAAAUGCACUGGGAUUCUCUAAGUCGUCUUUCCCUAAUUCCUGAUGAUUUCUCCUUCACAUCUCUCCCCAACCCCAUUAACUUUUUCCCUGAGGUUAAGGAAUAGUGAUUAGGAAAUAACUAGAGCUGUUUUUUUUUUUUGACAAUUCGACCGCAACCCAUGUCUGCUUGUCAAGGCUGGUUCACAAGGUGCAUUUAGGUGUCAAAAGACAUUCCUUGCCAGCCAGCACUCCCCACCUUGAAAAUUCCCCAACAGGGUGUUAAC